CUCCCGGCACAGCUUCCGCUGGGCGGGUUGUGCCGCAGCGCGCAGGCACCGCCGGGGCGGGGCGGAUCCGGGCGGCCGAGAGUGCCUCCCUCCAGCCGACGAUGAAAACAUGUUCAGAAAAGGCAAAAAGCGACACAGCAGCAGCAGCUCGCAAAGCAGCGAGAUCAGUACGAAAAGCAAGUCUGUAGACUCCAGCCUUGGGGGGCUUUCCAGGUCCAGUACUGUGGCAAGUCUCGAUACAGACUCCACAAAAAGCUCAGGACAGAGCAAUAGUAAUUCUGAUACGUGUGCAGAAUUCAGAGUUAAGUACGUUGGUGCCAUUGAAAAACUGAAACAUAAUGAGAGCAAAAAUCUCGAGGGGCCAUUGGACUUGAUAAAUUACAUAGAUGUCGCCCAGCAAGAUGGAAAGUUACCUUUUGUUCCAGGUGAAGAGGAGUUUAUAAUGGGCGUUUCCAAAUAUGGCAUCAAAGUUUCAACAUCAGACCAGUAUGAUGUGUUACACAGGCACGCUCUCUAUUUAAUUGUACGGAUGGUCUGCUAUGAUGACGGUCUGGGAGCAGGAAAAAGUUUACUGGCUUUGAAGACAACAGAUGCAACCUCUGAGGAAUGCAGCCUCUGGGUUUAUCAGUGCAGUAGUUUGGAACAAGCACAAGCUAUUUGCAAAGUGUUAUCCACAGCCUUCGAUUCAGUUUUGAUGUCAGAGAAGUCCUGAUUUCCUGCAGCAGCACGUGACUGCAGUGCAGUACAAGAGGCCUUUGUGCGAGGAGGACUUGGUGCUCUGUGAUCCCACAGGCUGCCUGCAGCCACUCACAAACUCCAUCAAGACUUGCAGCGCAGAGCCGAGCCGUGCAAUGCUGUGUGUGGUACUUCAUCAUUCCCCAGACGUGACUUGAAGAAACUGUUCCACCAGAGUUGUUAACGGAACAAUACAGAAUUUUCUAUUUAACACGGUUUUUUUUUUCCCCUAAAUCAUGUUUUGUAUAUUGAUGUCAAUACUGUAGAAAUGUAAAAUAAAGCUGACACCUGCUUCUGUUUUUUUAAA